GCAGCACCCCGCGGACUAUUUUGCGGCUCUGAUCGGAGGCGGGGGGGAGGAAGAGGAGGAGGAGGAAGAGGAGGAGGAGCGAAUCCCUCCGCCCUCCACGAAGUAGCGCCGGUCGCGGAAGUCGGCGCUGGCGGCUGCCGGGGGCCGCGGCUGGGCAGCGGCGGCGCCUCCCCCCCGGGCCCCUUCCCCCGCUCCCCCGGCCCGGCCCCGCCGCCGCCAUGGCCACCCGCUCGUGCCGGGAGAAGGCGCAGAAGCAGAACGAGCAACACCAGGCCAUCCUGGCCAAGCUGCUGCGGGAGGAGGACAACAAGUACUGCGCCGACUGCGAGGCCAAGGGUCCAAGAUGGGCUUCCUGGAACACUGGUGUUUUCAUUUGCAUCAGAUGUGCUGGAAUACAUCGAAAUCUUGGGGUCCAUAUAUCAAGGGUCAAAUCUGUCAACUUGGACCAGUGGACACCAGAACAAAUACAGUGCAUGCAGGAAAUGGGAAAUACUAAAGCAAGACUACUCUAUGAAGCUAACCUCCCAGAGAACUUUAGAAGACCUCAAACAGAUCAAGCUGUGGAAUUCUUCAUCAGGGACAAGUAUGAAAAGAAGAAGUAUUAUGAUAAAAAUGCAGUAAACACCUUCAAUAUAUCCUCUUCUGAUACUGCUCAACCUUUGACAUCCUCUCCUCUGCAAGCUGCUGCUGAGAAGAGCAAAGCAGAGAAGGAAAAAGAAAAGAAGAAAGAAGAGAAAAAGAGAGAGAAAGAAUCAGAAAAAACAUCAAAACAAGUAGCAGUUGAAAAGCCACAGAAGAAGGAGGAUCAGCAAUUAGAAGCUAAAGCAAGUCCCAAAAAGUCAUCAGAACCCACUAUUGACCUUUUAGGACUUGAUGGUCCAGCUGAAGCAUCUGUUACAAAUGGAGGCACUGCUACCGCCGCAGCAUUGAACGAUGACCUGGAUAUCUUCGGUCCGAUGAUCUCUAAUCCUUUACCAGCAGCUGCUGUAUCUCCUGCUCAGGCAUUGCUGUGGGAUGAUGGUGAAGAAGGAGACGGACCUGACUGCAAAUCCAGUCCAUUUGUUGUGGUACUGCAAAGCGCUUCCACUAAACCAGCAGCUGCCACCUUGUCUGCAGCAUCCGGGGAUCUCGAUCUGUUCACUGAGCAAACAACAAAAUCAGAAGAGUCGGCAAAGAAACAGCUCUCCAAAGACUCCAUCUUAUCGCUGUAUGGCACAGGAACCAUGCAGCAGCAGAAUGCGCCAGGUAUGUUCAUGGGCUCGUCCUCUAUGCCAUUUACCACACAACCAUCAACUCACUUUCAAGGUUUUCCAGCCAUGGGAGUUCCUGUGCCUGCAGCAACUGGAAUGAUGGGAAGCAUGAUGGGACAAUCGGUGCCAGUCAUGGGACAGAGCACGGGUGUGAUGGUAGGAAUGGGAAUGCCCAAUGGAUUUACUGGUACUGCACAAACUGGUGUGAUGGGACUUCCUCAGAAUGUCGUUGGACCUCAAGGUGGAAUGGUGGGACAAAUGGUUACUCCACAAAAUAAGUAUGGAUUGCAACAAAAUCAACAAGCUCAAUGGAACCUCUCUCAGAUGAAUCAGCAAAUGGCCGGGAUGAAUCUCAGUAGUUCCAGCAAUGUGAUGGGCUUUGGCCAGCCCCCCAGCACAGUGGCAGGAUGGACUGGAAGCUCCUCUGGUCAGACUCUGAGCACACAACUGUGGAAAUGAAAGUUGCAAUAGAAGUUUCCUCCAGAACAGCCACCUAACAUUCCUUGUUCAAAUGCAUUUACUUUUGCUGUUCUCUCCAUGUACAUACUCUUUUUCUUUUUCCCAAGCUGUUCAGAUUAAGAAUAUAACUGACUGACCGUGUUGUGGUCUAUAUUGAUUUAAAUUUGAUGUAGUGAAAAGCAGAUCAAGAAUACAUUUAUAUAUCAUUGGCAGCGUUUUCAUACAAUGCAUAUGAUUUCAUAGACCAUGUAUUUAAGAAGCUGCUUAACCACAUACUGAUUUUUUUCCCCUCAAAAUUCUAGAUCAAAUGUUUGCAUAUAAGGGAUGUAGCUAUCAUGUUAGUAAUAUCCAAAAAUAUAAACCCUGACCCCACCUCCCCCCAAAAAAAUUACCCAGUAAUCCUGUAGAAGGUACUGUAUGAACAAAUGUUUAAUCAUAUAUAAAUAGAAUGUAAAUGUAUCACUGAGCAAUGUUUUCUAGUGUAUCAAAGAAAUUUUGUUUCAUCAUACAUUUCACUGUGAUGUUAUUAUGGUGUGCAUAACAGGGAAUAUGGUUAUUGAAAGAAAGAUAAACCUGGAUGUUACUGUAGUUCUAUAAAUUAAUAGUUUAUUCUUUUAAAAAAUGAGCAUUUGAUGCAUUUGAGUUUCCUGUGAUAAAGUACCCAAUCUGGCUCACGAGGCAUGUACACAGUAUUAAUGCUGAGAACUAGUGGCACAACAUGUAUACAAGGUAACUCAGUGUGAACAGAUAUAUUUUUUCCUCGCAGUGAUCCAGGUUUAUGACAGUGAUUGUGUUUACAUUUUAUGGUGCCUCGUAAUGAUAAAAUGUUAUUUCCCUAUAUUAAAAGGAUAAAUCCAUAAA